GAGGUUGGCGUCGGGCGUGGGGCGGAGGCCCGGUGGAUGGCACAGAAGUACAUUGAGAACCCGCUGAUCGUGCGCGGAAAGAAGUUCGACAUCCGCCAGUGGGUCGUCGUGACGAGGUGGCAACCGUUGGCCGUGUGGUUCUACAACGAUUGCUACCUCCGCUUUUCGUUCAGCGAUUACGACCCGAGCAAGAUAAAGAACAAGUACGCACACCUGACCAACAAUUCCAUAUCGAAGAAGGCCAAGGGCUUCGACGAUAGGGUUGACGAGACGAUGUGGCACUCGGACGAGUUCUGCGAGUUCUUGAAGACAAUCGGGUUCUCCAAGGACGGCCAUCCCGUCGAGGACCCGUGGGCUGAGGUGGUACAGCCUGCGAUGAAGAGGGUGGUUAUGACAACUAUGCAGUGCGCUCAGGAUGUCGUUCAGCCCCGCACGAACUCGUUCGAGCUCUUCGGCUACGACUUCAUGGUCGACGACGACCUCGGCGUGUGGCUCAUCGAGGUGAACUCGUCCCCGGACCUGUCGUACUCGACGUCGACCACAGAGGGCCUCGUCAAGGCGAUGCUGGAGGACAUGAUGCGCGUAGUGGUCGACGUCGAGAAGUUCGGAGUCCGCCCGGACCGGCCGCGUCGGAAGUGGGGCAGCUGCCGCACCGCUUCGGGGCGCUACGAGCUGCUCGAGCCCAGGCUGCGCCGCCGCGAGGAGAGGCUCUGGGCAGGUUCCUGGACACGCUGCGACCCCCGUUUAGCGUGCACCCGUUGGCGAGCGACGUUCCGGCGCGUCGCCAAGGACACCGGCACGCUCGCUGUGCAGGGCUGCGCCGUGCAGCUGCGGCGCCCGCGUCGCGGCGAGUGCCCGCGCGGCCCCGACGUGGAGGACGACCCGCGCUACAGCGCGGCGUCGCUGCUCGCCGCGGCGGGCGUCGAGGAGGGCGCUGGGCCCGAGGGCGGCGGCGGGGGCCCCGAGGCGGGCGACAGCGACUCGGCCUCGUCCGAGGGCUGAGGGCGCGCGGAGGGCGCCCGGGCGACCCGGAGGGCGCCCGCGCGGCCCGCGCU